AUGUUCUGGAAGGUGGCCGUCACCACCGCCGCGCUGGCCUCCAGCGCGUGCGCCGAGAUCCGUCCGCUGGCUAUGGACCCCACGAUUGAGGUUAGGGCCGUCGACGUGUUGGAACGAAGCUACGAGGAUGUCGCAAACCGGUACAUCGAGAAGCGCCAGAGUAUGGACAUCAACGCCGAAUGGGUUCCCAACGCCCUCGAGGUCAAGGUUAACGCCGAUGGCUCCAUCAACAUGACGGCAUGGGAGACGGAAACUUCGGCCGCUUGCACUUCAGCACUCUCGCAUCUCGAUGCUGCGUCGAACCCGUCAGGAACCUGCAUCUGCUACAACCUCCCGAGUCUGGAUGCGAAGACGGGAGUUUUCGAGGCCGACUUGCGCCUGUUCAAGGUCUCCGACCCUGUCGGUGCCUUCUCCGGUAUCCCGCCGCAAAACAUCCAGGUCGGCCUCUCCUUCAACGGCGCCUCCGUGUCGCCCGUCAGCGCGAACAAGAUUGCUGGAACGGCCUCCGUCCGCCGCGACAUGGCUCGCGACGUGACCUUUGAAGUCCCCUGGACCGGUCUGCAGAAGCGUGUCGUUACGCCCCAAGCCCUGCAAUCGUAUUUGUUCGUCGGUCAGAUUGACCAGGCCAGAAUGGUUGCGCCCAUGUCAAUGUCUCAACUAGAGUCACUCGUCAUGCCAACCCUCACUCUCACCGGUGUCAACGCCGCCGGCCAGUCUGUCAGCACCAAUGUCUCAUCGAACGAGGCGUCUUUCAUUACCGGCGUUUUCUCCAAGGAGAUUGUCCGCUCCGAUGUUGCCAUGGCUCAGGCCGCCGUUGACGACGUGGUCGCUGGCCUCAAGAACGGAACCGUUGCCUUCGUGCUUCCCGGCGUCCAGCUCAUGAUCUUCCCCGUUGGACUUAUUGUCACUGGUACCUGGCUACUGAUCGGAGUGGCUUUCUACGGAUUCGGCACCUACGAGCGUAUUGGCUACGCCGACAGCUACAGGAGACGAAGGGCCGUCGCCGGCGACACCGCCAAGCGUAUAUAA